CACAAAUGAGGACAAUAUAGAAGUGAUAGAAGUGUCAUUGUUUGGGAAGAUUAACUCCUUUAGGUCAUGUUUGUGAGUUUAAGGUCUUAAGUUGAUCAUAACUUAAUUCACAGUAGUCCUUGAACAAAUAUCUUAUCUGUAAUAUAUUAGCCGAACUGGACAACAGAAAGGCUAAACACUCUCAGGGCGGAAUGGAGACAAUUCUACGUGUUUGGGUCAGUUUAGAUGUACAUGUAUCUUAACGUGUUUAUGCAAAACAACUUCGAAUCUGUCCUGUGAGGGAAGAAAGAAAAUUAACAAGCUAUUAUCAUGGCGGGUAGACGUCAAACUCGCACACAGAGCGAAGGUGACGUCAUUGGAAUGAGCGAAGAAGCGUUACUAAGCACAAGCAUUAAAAAUGAGCUGGAGAAAUGGAAACUCAUGAACGAAAUGCACGCACUUGUGUGUGGCGAAAAACAGUGCUCGAUGGAAAACAGCAGAAAGCUGAGAAAGCUUAAAGAGGAUAUAACAAAAAUGCUUGCUGAAGGGUGUGUAUAUAAGCUUCAUGGAUUUAAAAAAUAUGAUCCAUUCUUAGUCAAUUUCAAAACAAAAGAAAACAUAGAAGAAGGACCGAAGCCAAAUACACUCACCAAAUCUUUGUCUACAGGGACUUUCCCAUCAAUUAGCGAGACAGGAAACUAUGUGAAAACAAAUUUAAAGUCGUAUGAAAGGAAAGAAGUUGAAAAGAAAGAUAUUUUACCUGCGACAAUUCAAAAUACCUUUAGUAAUGUCGAAUUACCCGAUAUUCCAUCGCAGUCUGAAGAAAGCCACGAUGAAAAUGAAGAAAAUGAACACUGCACAAAUUUGUUAUCCUCUCUAUCGAAUAGCUUUCAUGGUAUGAUCAUGUGGCGACAGAAGAUACGUGACAGAAUAAUAGAAAAAGAAAAGGCAAAACCAGAUCCCCCUGUCCGAUACCACCCGAAAGUUGAAACGACCCCGAAAAACAUAAGUCGAUACAAGGACAUGUUUGCGGGAAACUGCAGGACAUAUUAUGCGAUGAAGAAAUUCGUUGAUAAAGAGGCUGACAUAAUGAUUAAUAAAGUGGAUUCGCCUCUCUAUUACAAGAAAAUCUCGGAACUAGAAAAACUUAAACAAAAAUGUAAAAUUCCAGAAAUUAUCAGAAGAGACAAAUCAACCUCAGCCAUAUUUAGAGAUUUUGAGAAUUAUAAAGCCCAGAAGGUACAAGAAAAGAGAAGGAAAGUAUCAGAAUGGCAAACUCCUCAGUAACAAUAUGUACUGGACAUAUUAUUGAGUAUAUUUGAAUGUUCUUCGACAAUCCUCAACAUAUCAACAAACAUUUUCUAACCAUUAAGUGCAAUAUU